CUUCUACUUCCCUUUUAUUUUCUCUCUCUCUCUCUCUCUCUCUCUCCCCAAAGUGAGCGAGAAGGGCUUCUUUCCAACCAAAAAGAGCCUGCUUUCUCUGCAACUUCGCUUCUUAUAAGUGGAACCUCAGUGGGCUGCUUGCACUUUCUCUUACUAAUGCUCACGUUGUAGAAAAGGGUCUCUGGUUUAGCAGGUUUUCUUCACUCCACUACACAUACAUAUAUUUUUUAAAAUAAUUUUUUAGAGACUUGAAGAGAGUGAGAGAGCCUGUGCUCCGAAAAUGGGAGGUAUGGGUUGCUGAAGAUUUGUGCUCAAAGUGUUCCUGUUCGGUUGGGGGGAAGGGUUUAUUUCCUGGGAAUUUAAAUUUUCCUUUAACUACUAUUCAUUCUCGUAUGGAUAGCAUUUAUUGGGCGCAUUUAGCGGUGGUACUUUGCUUGGGGAUGUUCGUGAAGAGUUGGUGUCAGGGUGAAUCGGAUGCAAAUUUCACAGCUGUGUAUAUUGUUACUUUGCGACAAGCUCCUUCUGCUCAUUACUAUGGUGGUGAGUUGACAAGGGACAGUACCGGUUUCAAACAUGCUUCGUCUGGAAGAUUGAAUAUUCACAAACCAAGAAAUAAUUCAAAGAUAGGUUGGAGGUUUAGUUCUCAUAUUGCUCGAGUUCAUGAUUCAUUAUUGAGGCGGGUGUUAAGGGGGGAGCAAUAUCUCAAGCUGUACAGCUACCACUACUUGGUUAAUGGAUUUGCUGUUCUUGUUACCCCACAGCAGGCGGACAAGCUUUCAAGGAGGAGAGAAGUGGCAAAUGUGGUUUUGGAUUUCUCCGUUAGAACUGCAACCACCCAUACUCCACAGUUCUUGGGCCUACCACAUGGGGCAUGGAUUGAAGAAGGUGGUUUUGAAUCUGCUGGAGAAGGAAUUGUGAUAGGGUUUAUCGAUACUGGCAUUGAUCCGACACACCCCAGCUUUGCUGAUGAUGUAUCUGAACAUCCAUAUCCUGUUCCAGCUCAUUUUUCUGGCAUCUGUGAGGUUACUCGGGACUUUCCAUCUGGAUCAUGCAACAGAAAACUUAUUGGCGCCCGCCAUUUUGCAGCAUCUGCUAUAACCAGAGGAAUUUUCAAUUCAACUCAGGACUAUGCUUCACCAUUUGAUGGUGAUGGCCAUGGCACGCACACGGCUUCUAUUGCUGCAGGAAACCACGGGAUUCCAGUGGUAGUUGCUGGGCAUCACUUUGGAAAUGCAAGUGGAAUGGCUCCUCGUUCACACAUUGCUGUUUACAAGGCAUUGUACAAGAGCUUUGGAGGCUUUGCUGCGGAUGUAGUUGCUGCCAUAGACCAGGCAGCCCAGGAUGGGGUUGACAUAAUAAGCUUAUCGAUCACCCCCAAUCGGCGUCCUCCUGGUAUCGCAACAUUUUUUAAUCCCAUAGAUAUGUCGUUGCUAUCCGCUGUAAAGGCUGGUAUUUUUGUUGUGCAAGCAGCUGGCAAUACUGGACCAGCACCUAAGAGCAUGUCUUCCUUCAGUCCAUGGAUCUUUACUGUUGGUGCUGCAUCGCAUGACAGAGUAUACAGUAACUCUAUAGUCCUUGGCAACAACUUAUCCAUUCCUGGAGUUGGGCUUGCGCCGGGAACAGAUAAAGACGCAAUGUAUACACUGAUUUCUGCAAUUCAUGCUUUGAACAAUGAGACAGUGGUUGCCAAUGAUAUGUAUGUGGGUGAAUGCCAAGACUCCAGUAGCUUUAAUCAGGAUCUCGUCCAAGGGAACCUCUUGAUCUGUAGCUAUUCAAUACGAUUUGUGCUUGGGCUCUCAACUAUCAAACAGGCCCUACAAACAGCCAAAAACCUCAGUGCAGCUGGUGUUGUGUUCUACAUGGAUCCUUUUGUAAUUGGUUUUCAGCUUAAUCCAGUUCCAAUGAAAAUGGCUGGCAUCAUAAUACCAUCCCCAGAUGAUUCCAAGAUUUUACUCAAAUACUACAAUUCUUCUUUGGAGAGGGAUGAGCUGACAAAGAAAAUCAUUAAAUAUGGAGCAGUUGCAAGCAUCUGUGGAGGAUUAAAAGCGAACUACAGUAAUUCUGCUCCAAAGGUUAUGUAUUACUCUGCUAGAGGACCAGAUCCGGAAGACAAUUUUCUUGAUGAUGCUGACAUAAUGAAACCCAACUUGGUAGCUCCUGGAAAUUUCAUAUGGUCUGCUUGGAGUUCUCUUGGCACUGACUCAGUUGAAUUCCUAGGCGAGAACUUUGCAAUGAUGUCUGGGACAAGCAUGGCUGCUCCUCACGUUGCUGGGCUUGCAGCACUUAUUAAGCAAAAGUUCCCGAGUUUCAGUCCUUCAGCCAUUGCAUCUGCCCUUUCCACCACUGCUUCUCUAUAUGAAAAGACCGGUGGACCAAUAAUGGCUCAGCGUGCCUAUGCCAACCCAGAUCUAAACCAGUCUCCAGCAACACCCUUUGACAUGGGCAGUGGUUUUGUGAAUGCAACUGCAGCGUUGAAUGCGGGUUUGAUUUUUGAUUCCAGUUAUGAUGAGUAUAUGCAGUUUCUUUGUGGCAUUAAUGGAUCUGCUGCUGUGGUUUUGAAUUACACUGGCCAAAACUGUUGGGUUUAUAAUUCUACUAUCAGUGGUGCUGACCUGAACUUGCCCUCAAUCACCAUAGCAAAACUGAACCAGUCUAAGACUAUACAAAGGUCGGUUACCAACAUUGGUGGGAAUGAGACUUACAGUGUUGGUUGGAGUGCUCCAUAUGGGGUGUCUGUGAAGGUGAUCCCUGCGCGCUUCUCUAUUGGCAGUGGGGAGAGACAGGUGUUGAGUGUAUACCUCAAUGCAACUGUGAGUACUUCUGUUGCCAGCUUUGGGAGAAUUGGACUCUUUGGAAAUCAAGGUCAUAUUCUCAACCUUCCUCUCUCAGUCCUCGUAAAAAUCUCAUAUAAUAACACCCCUAAUGCCUGAGGCCUUUUUGGCUCUGUUUCAUAUUUUCUUUUUCCUACCCUUUACUCUGCUUUGCAGGAUGUGUUAACCAAUUUUUUCAUUCAUUAUCAUGUAAAUGACUAAGCGUCUUUUGCUAAUAUAUAGAUGCAAUGAUUGAAUGAUAAGCAGGACUUUUGCUAAUAUAAUGAGAUUGUAUUUUGUAAA